AUGGAGGAGGCGCUGCUCUCCACCCCUAUCAACCCCAACAACUUCCCCGCCAAGCUGUGGCGGUUGGUGAACAGCCCCCGGUACCGCUCCAUCCGCUGGGACGGCCGCGGCGAGGGGCUGCUCAUCGAUCAGCCUCUCUUCGAGGCCGAGCUGCUCAGCCCGCCCGGGGCGGGGGCCGGCGGCGGCGGCGGCGGCGUCGGGGGCUCCGGGGCUGAGCCCGAGCUCUUCAAAACCACCAACUUCACCAGCUUCAUCCGCCAGCUCAACCUCUACGGCUUCCGCAAGGUGGUGCUGGGCGGGCCGGGCGCGGCGGGGCCCGGGCCGGGGCCGGGGGGCGGCGGGCCGGCGGGCGACGGGCCGCUCCACCACUUCCACAGCCCGCACUUCCGCCGCGACCAGCCGCAACUGCUCGUGCACCUCAAGAGGCUCACCAGCGCCAACAAGGCCAAGCUGGCGGCCGGCCUGGAGGUGCCCUGCCGCCCGCCCAACCGCUUCCAGAGGCUGCUCAUCACGUCGGCCUCCGCCUCCGCCUCGGCCUCCACCUCCCCGCUGCAGCACCAGGAGCCGGCGCCGCCGCCCGCGGGGCCCCGGCCCGAGCCGCACGGACCAGUGGCUGUAGGACAAUUCCACCGGUCAUUCCGGCGAGAUGGUUUGUCUCCUUACUCCUACGUAUCAACUUCAUCCCACAACCACAGUACUUUCCCUCUGAAAGGUUUAGAUCGGACCUCGAUUCCUCCUAGAACAUGGCAGAACUCCCUUGGAAUGCACCCAGGACAAGUGGAAACACCUCCAACUUUUUCAGAUAAAGGGGUUCCAUUUCCUGUACUGCAGAGGUUUCCAACUGAGGUUACCUAUACCCUGCAGCCCAGCGCCACAUCCGUACACGUUCAGCAAAGUCCUCAAACAAUGGUCAGCUCCUCCCAAAAAUAUAGUAACUACACACCCUCAGCGCAGUACUCCCAAGCCUACUAUCCAACAGCUGUGCUACAGUGCUGCUCUCCUUCUACCCACAUGGAUGCUCUCAGUAGUUGUGUCACUCCCACUGCCUCCUCCUAUGCACACUGCAACUACUUCCAGAAUCCUCCAAUGCAAUCCUCCUAUCCAGUUGAAUUUCUGCCUUCUAAUUGGCCUUGCAGUGCUACUGAUGAAAAUAAAAAGACAGAAGUAAACCUAGAGGCUGUUUUUCAGAUAGUAGAUGAAUUGCAUUCCUCCCCUAAAUUGGAGAUGGUAAAGGUGGAGCCUGUUGAGAAUCAGUGCCCAACAUCUCAGUCUAACAGAGGCCAACAUAUUCUAACUAAUUCAAACAACAGCAAUCCAUCUUCCACAAGUCAGGCUAGCCAGCUGGAGCCACUUACUCCUGUAGGCUCAGAUAUUACGUCUUUUGUGGUCGGAACAGAACAAGCAAUUACCUGCUCUCUACCACAGUCACCUGAGUACAUCUAUACCAUCCACACAGCUCAGCCUGUUGAAAAUACUACAAUGCAGGAAUCUGCAGGUAUCCAACAAGCUCGUGUCAAAUUGAAGGAGCAGCUAAGUCAUAAUCCAUCUCCAACUUCAGUAGUAUUUGUGCAGGAAGGGCUACCGUUCAGCACACACCAGGUGGAUGCCAGUAUAAAAUGCCAGACCAAUCCACCUGAGAAUAUCUUGCCUUCAGAACAGAUGGGAUUCCUAAUUUCAGAAAUGGGGCCUGCUAGCAAGCCUAGUAAAGACACAGGUUUAUCCACUCCAGCCAGAUACAGAGAGCGAAGAAGCAACUCACAGCAAGGAAAGUCCCCUGAUCUUCAUCUGCUGGUGGACGUGGCUUGCAAGCAGGAGCACUUUCCAAAGGAGGAAGAAUUGAAAGAGUGAGGAAUG